ACUUGCCCCAGUGGUUUUCGCUGCUGAGGUUUAAAUCACCUAGUCAAGAGGGUGGGUUUGCUCUGGUUUUAGCAAACCCUCCCAGAUGUCUCCUUUUUGACUUGAAACACCUCAGUGGUCAAGCCGAUUGACCGUGGCAAGUGGCUAAGGUGUUCCGGGGAGGGCGAGCGGGGCACGUCAUGCUCGCCGCCUGCUGCGGCCGGUGGCUCGGCUGCCUAGGACUCCGUCAGCCCCAAGUGUGGGCGGGCGCCGGGCGCUGGGCUGGUCAGGUUUGCCAGGCCAGGCUGCAGGGCUCUGGUGGCCCGCGGCGGCUAGGCUCCGAGCCCGAUAUCCCCACGCCCGGCCCGGCGCGCCGGAUUUUGAAGGAGUGGACGCUGCGGGUGAGCCCGUUCGGUCGGCUGUGGGCACGGCUCCCAUGCCACCUGGCGGUGAGGCCCCUGGACCCCCUCGCCCACCCUGAUAGCGACCGCGUGCUGGUCUCCGUGUGCGGCAAGGAGGGCGGGGCGCGGGGCCUGGACGGCCUGCAGGUGACUUACGACGCGGCCCUGCAGGAGAUGGCCGUGGUGGCCGACGGCAUCGACCCCCGGGCGGCGGUGGAGGUGCAUGUACCCCUGAAGUUUGAUUUAAAUAUUAAGUCAUCAGGAUCUGGCUGUGUAAAAGUCCAAAAUAUUGAGUGUGAUCAUUGCAAAAUUGAAACCGAGCAGGGGACCAGCACCUUACAGUCUGUUAAGAGUCAAAAAAUACAUGUUCUAACAAAAGGAGGCAAAGUGAUCUGUCUGGGAACAGUUUAUGGAAAUAUAGAUAUCCAUGCAUCAGACAAAAGUACGGUGACCAUAGAUAAACUACAGGGAAGUUCUGUUCACGUAUCUACUGAAGAUGGUUUGCUGAAUGCCAACUAUCUUUACUCAGAAUCAUCAUUUCUAUCUUCUGCAGCUGGGGACAUUACAUUAGGAAAUAUUCAUGGUAAUAUAAUAUUACAAAGUGAGACGGGCAACAUCACAGUAGAUUCUUCGUCUGGAUGUCUACAGGCCUCAACUCAUCAGGGUGCCAUAGAUGUUUAUGUCAGCCAGCUGGGGAAAGUGCAAUUGAAAUCACACAAAGGCUCUGUUAUUGUCAAGGUCCCAUCUUCUCUUCAAACUUACUUACAGUUAUCAGGAAAAGAGGUUGAUGUGAACCCAGAAGUCGGUGUUCAAGAAAUGGCUGAGGAUCAUAAAAAUGAUGGUGUGACAGUUACUGGACUCAUGAAUCAAGCGGACAAACAUGAAAAAUGGAUAAAUGCUGCUGCCCCUGAAGGCACUGUUAGUUUUAGAAAUCAAAGCUGGUUUCAGUCCCUAAAACUGCAGGACUGAGGGGUCUGACUUGUAUUUAUGACCUGAAACAAUGAUUAGCAGAUCUGCAACUACAGAAAUGCAAAUACCACUGCUUAUGUAAGUGCUGAAGAAAUGGCACUAGGAAUGAAUACUGGCAAUCUGUUUGAGAAAGAAUUUUCCAGUUUGUAUUUAGCAAUUGUUUUCAUUUUCUAUUGCUCUGUAACAGAUUACAGUUCUCUCCCCCUUAUUCUUGGGGGAUAUGUUCUGAAACCACAGACAGUACUGAACCCUAUAUAUGCUGUU